AUGGCUAAACGUGGAAAAUAUGGAAAAUGGUCAGAAGAAGACCUACAACAUGCUAUCAGAGCAUAUAGUAACAACAUUUAUGGUCUCAAUCAGUGCCAAAGAGUAUAUGGUGUUCCAAAAGCUACAAUUAAGAGGCACUCCGACAAUAAAAAUAUAUUUGUUAAUGGACAGAAAAAAUUUGGUACACCAACUACGUUUAACAUAGACAUGGAAAAAGAAUUGGUUAGUCAUAUUUUAGCUUUAGACUCCUUAUUUUUUGGAUAUACUAUUACUGAUAUAAGAAAAUUAGCAUACGAUAUAGCAGAAAAGUAUUCUCUAAAUCACAAAUUUAAUAAAGAGAAGAAAAUGGCAGGUAAAAAAUGGUUUUAUUUGUUUAUGAAACGAAAUCCAAAUAUAGUACUCAGACAACCUGAAGCAACAUCGAUGGCUAGAGCCAAAGGGUUUAACAAAGAAAAUGUUAUGAGCUUUUUUGACUUAUUGGAAAAAAUUGUAGAUCAAAAUAAAUUAACUGCUAAUAGAGUUUUUAACGUUGAUGAGUCAGGGUUUACAACAGUACAGAAGAAACCACAAAAAGUUAUCUCUCAAAAAGGCAAACGUUAUGUUGGGUCCAUAACUAGUGGAGAAAGGGGUAUUAAUACCACUAUUGUUUGCUGCACAAAUGCUGCUGGAUUUUAUAUUCCACCCAUGAUAAUUUUUAAAAGGAAACGUAAAGCGCCAGAAUUAGAAAUUGGUGCACCUUCAGGUAGUAUAGUUGAGAUUUCUGACACUGGAUACAUUAAUUCUGAACUAUUUGUAUCUUGGUUAAAACAUUUUCAUUCAUGUGUAAAAUCUACAAUUGAUGAGCCAGUUUUAUUAUUAUUGGAUGGACACACAACACACAGCAAAAAUUUGGAGGCAUUAUUAUUUGCUAAGGAACAUGGUAUCAUUUUAUUGCAACUACCUGGGCACACCACUCAUCGUUUACAACCUCUCGACGUUGCAUUUUUCAAACCAUUGGGAUUAUACUACAUACAAACUCAAGAAAAGUGGUUAAGACAGAAUUAUGGUAAAACUAUUUCUCAAUACCAGGUUACAGGUUUGUUAAAUGAAGCGUAUGGUCGUGCAGCAACAAUAGGUACAGCUGAAAAUGGUUUCCGAGGCUCUGGAAUUUGGCCAGUAAAUAGACAUUUAUUUGAAGAUCAUCAUUUUAUUGUUUCAAAUAAUUUAAAUAGAUCUCCUACUCCUAAUGAGAAUGUAAGUGAAGACAUGGAAAAUGAUCAAGUGUAUUUAAACAGUAAAACAAAUGAUAUGGAAGAAAAUAAAAAUAUUACUGUCACUGAUAAAACUAUAAAUAGGUCUACAUUUUUGAAAGUUAUUGAAGAAAUCUCACCUAUACCCAAAACUCAAAGAGAUACUAAUGCAAAACCAAAAAAAUCUGCACAAAAGGCAAUUGUUUUAACAAGCAGUCCCUAUAAAAACUUACUAGAAAGCAGUAGAGCACAGCAAACAAUAAAAAAAGGACCACCAAAAAAAAAACUUUUUUCUGCAGCAAAAAUUGAUGGUGUUAAAACCAAAAAUAAAAAAAUUGAAAAAUCUAAGGAAUUAGAAAAGAAAAAGAUACUGAAUGAACAAGGAAGUCAUCAUAAAAAGAAAAAAUUGAAAAAUAUACCAUCUACAUCAAAAAAUGUUGGUAAUGUUAGUUGGUACUGUCCUCUCUGUCAGGAAGAAAAAAUAAUUGAUAUGGUCAUGUGCAAAAAAUGUUCAAUAUGGUUUCAUGAAGAGUGUUUAGGAUUGAAUCGUGGUGACACAUUUGAAGAGUGUCAUUGGUGUACUGAAAAAAGUGACCAGUAA